GUACCACUCAAUUUAAUUAUUAUCCUCAAUUGAACAUUCUUCCAAACGUUCCAAUCCCAUUCGCAAAAACCCUCCUCGCAUUUUUCUGUCAUCUCCAGCCAAAACCAACAAAGCUCGAUCAACUGACUCACCAAUUUUGAAUUUCUCCCUUCCACGUUUCACAUCUCUCUCUCUCUCUCUCUCUCUCUCUCUCUCUCUCUAGGGUUUCGAAACCUGAGCUUCCGAUUGAAGCAGCAGAGCGAUGAGGGCUCUCGACGUAGUUCCGGUCUCUUCUCCGGUCUCCAAUUCCACCCUACAACAAGACGAAAGCGGCGGUUACGGCGGAGGACCGAGGGUGCUGUACGGGUGGCUGUUCGAGUGCCACGGCUUCUGGCACAACGUACCCCUGAUCGUCUUCUCGUCCAUGUUCGUCUUGUACCUGGCGUCCCACGCCAAGAAGAGCUUCGGGAAGCUCUCCCAAGGCCGAUCUUACAUAAUGAUUUCGUAUUACGGGGUUCUCUGGCUCGUUAGCGUCCUCAAUCUUGCUUGGUGCUCGCUUCAGGCAUGGGAGUGCACUCCUGGCAAAGAAAUGCCAUGGAAUAUCUUGUCUUUGUUUACUACCUCUGGAAUGCUGUUUCUUGAAGUAAGCUUGAUGGCCUUCUUACUCCAAGGAAAUCAUGCAAGUGGGCUGGAGGCUUUAACACGUACAUUUGUUGUCUCUGGAGUCAUCGUUGGUUUAGAUGUACUUCUCAAGGCUAUUUAUCUCUUUGGACUUGCAAUUCCUUUGUUCAUUGAUAACAAUAAAGAUACACACCGGGUUAAAUGGGGCUUGUGGGUUGUCCACAAGCUACUGCUUACUGCUGUUUAUGGCUUCAUUUUAUUCAUCUACCACUCAAGAUGGAGAGAGAGGUUACCUGCAAGACCUGCAUUUUACAACUAUAUCAUCGUGAUGUUUUUGGUGAAUGCUUUUGCUCUAUUUGCUUGUGCACUUACUGGACAAGGUGCUGGAUUUGGGUUCUGGUUGUAUGAUGUCACUGUUAUUUGCUACCAUGCCUUUUAUCUUCCCCUACUAUACGUAACAUUCCUAGCUGACUUUUUUCAGGAGGAAGAUUUACAUUUAGAGAACGUGUACUACUCGGAGAUGAAAGAUGCUGGUUUCUUUGACGCUGAUUGGGAAUGAUAUGGUAAAACUUCCGAUGGUUGACUGUAAAUAAGAGAAAACAGUUACGCUGGAUUUGUGCGUAGGUUGAUUGUGCAGCUUGAAGGAAGAACCAAGUUUUGUUUAUCUUCAAAGAUAUAAUUUCAUGAUAUUUGUGCUGCUGAACUUAGUAGUAUAAAAUUUACUGUUAUUCGUCA